AUGUUCCUUGAUAGACAGGAGCUGUGGCGGCUUCAUGAGGGUCGCUUCCGGUUGGCAAGAGCCAAGAGCGAGGAGCUAUCCCAGGCAGAAAGAUACGGUAUUUUCAAGCUGUACAUGGUGUAUGCGAUUGGGGCAACAGCCAUUGAGCUAAGUGAGAAAGAUACGUAUAUUGCACCCGAGCGAUUCUACAUGACUGCGCUUCAACAAGUCCCAGCUAUGUGUGAAGCACGAUCUAUCGAGAAUAUAGAAGCCAUGACACUCCUGGUAUUAUAUCAUCUCCGCUCAGCCUCCAGCCAGGGCGUCUGGUACAUGGUUGGACUUGCCAUGCGUACUGCGAUUGAUCUCGGCCUGCAUCGAAAGGCAAACGAGAUUCACCUUGAUCCCAUAGCCGCGCAGAUGAGACGACGAUUAUUCUGGACAGUCUACUAUGUAGAGCGAGUUGUUUCCAUGUCCCUCGGCCGGCCCUUCAGUAUCGCGGACAGACAUAUUGACCUUCCUCUACCCGUGGAUGUCGACGAUGACAUUCGAGAUCCAGCGUUGCUGACUGAAUCUCCGCCCAUGGGCCGAAUAACCACCAUGACUUUCGCCAUAUACCUGAUUCAACUGCGUCGGAUUGACUCCAAGAUCCAGCAUAAAAUCUACCGGGCCGACCGCUCGCUUCACUCCCUGCGCUCGAAAAUGGACAGUCUUUUUCUCGAGCUGGAAGAAUGGAAGCGAUCAGCCCUUUUACGAUUCAGUGGGUCCGACCUCGACUAUCCCAUCUUGCACUAUAACCGGGCCCUAAGGCUCCUUCUCCAGCCAUUUCUACCCUCCCUCCCCCUCACCGACCCCUAUUACCAUAUCUGCCUCCGAGCAGCCGGCGAUAUCUGCCAAACCCACAAACGACUGCACCAGACGCUCGAAUACGGGCAUUCCUUCCUAGCUGUGCAGACCGUCUUCAUGGCAGGAAUCACACUGCUGUACGCGUUAUGGACACACACAAACGAAGUCUGGUCCGUGCAGAUGAGCAACGACAUCCGCGCCUGCUCCACAGUGUUAUUCGUCAUGGGCGAACGCGCUGUCUGGGUCAAAAAAUACCGUGACGCAUUCGAACUCCUCGUCAACGCAGCUAUGGAGAAACUCGAAGCCAACAAUGACAACACAGGCAGGAAGAUUGGAAUGGCCGAAUUAAUGACGGCCCAACACCCGGGAAUUAUCAAUCCCCACUCUUCUUCCUAUCCUUCCUCAUCUGCUGCGAACCCUGGUAUGUUCAAAGUCUACCCGAAUCACGCCGCCGGUCCGGCAGGAACGGCUGCUCCGGACGUUCAUUCGACCUUUGAUACAGACCUCUCUCAUAGCCAUGGAGUGCGCAUGGCUCUGCAACUUGCUCCGUGGAUCGAUCUCGAAGAAGAUAGUCCGUUCUGGAUGCCUGAUUUCGAGACUCUUGAGAAUUUCUCGGGGAAUUUAUGGAGCGGUGAAGCGCCGGUCCCUUUUGAUCCUUUGUAA